CGAGAACAGUGGGUGAGGUACAUUAGUGAGGGGUGAUCGAUGAAUUCAUAGAGUCUUAUGUACACAAACAUGGGCGAUAUUUAGUUGACUUUAUUUUGGUGUCAUCUGUGGGGGUUCUAGCUUAAACCCGCCGUCGAAGUUGUACGUUUACAGAGUGAAGAUACUGUUGACAAUGCAUCGCUUUCACGUAUAGUAUUUCAUAAUGUGGCGAAAAAACUUGGUCACGCAUUCAAAGUUCCGGAACGUGUACGGAGAACCUUAUAGAAAAGACAAAUGUUAUGAAAAUGUGAAAUUUACGAAGAACGCUUGGGAUGGCACGUAUUGCGCCGUAAAUUCCAAAUUCCUUGCUGUCGUUUUAGAUACGAGCCGUGCCGGUGGCGCCUUCCUUGUGAUUCCUUUGGAGAAAGUUGGGCAUCAACCAUUGACGAAUCCUCGUGUGGUCGGUCAUCAAAGAGAAGUUCUUGAUAUCCAAUGGAAUCCUUUUAACGACCACAUAAUUGCGUCAGGUUCGGAAGAUGGAACAGUCAAGAUCUGGCGCAUCCCAUCGGGCGGGUUGACCGAGGAUCUUAUGGAUCCCCUGGUGGAUCUUCGUGGACAUCAACGUAAAGUUGGACUGAUCAGGUGGCAUCCAACAGCCAAUGGAAUCAUCGCAAGUGCAGCAUUCGAUUUCAAAGUUAUCAUUUGGAAUGCAUUGAAAGCGAAAGCUUUAUGUACCAUCGACUGCCACAAGGACACUAUAUUUGAUCUUGCUUUUAACUUCAAUGGUAGCAAGUUGGCCACUACCAGUAAGGAUAAGAAGAUCCGCGUUAUCGAUGCUCGUACAGGAAAACUGUUGCAGCAAUUUAAUGGUCAUGCAAGUCCAAAGACGUCGCAUGUUGCUUUUACAGAUGAAAUCAGUGACUACAUCGUUACCAGUGGUUGUAAUAGUUCUUCAUCUAGAGAAAUAUCGCUUUGGGAUUUGAAUCAAACAUCAUCGCCAGUUAAGACUGACGUCAUAGAUAGCUCAUCAAGUAUUUUGAUGCUACACUACGACAUGGAUCUCAAGAUUGCUUAUGUUGCUGGAAAGGGCGAUGGUUUGAUUCGUUACUAUGAAGUAAGAAGAGAGGAACCUUUCUUGCUUCGACUGUCCGAGUACAGAAAUUCGUCACCGCAAAAGAGUUUGGGAAAGAUGGGCAAGCGAGGUCUGGACUUUGGUCGUUGUGAAAUCUUUAGAUUUUACAAACUUCAUCCAAACAACUGGAUAGAGGUUUUGCCAAUGUACUGUCCAAGGCGGUCUGACGAAUUCCAAGAGGACCUUUAUCCUCCUAGUCCCAGCAUGCAACCUGCUCUUACUGCUGACGAAUGGGUCAGCGGUAUUGAUAAGAAUCCCAACAUGAUUUCGUUUAAAGAUGGCCAACAGCUCGGUGACGUAGUUGGAACGACGUCACCUUCAGGAACUUCGACAGCUGAAAAGUUUAGCAGCAUGUUCAACAGGCCGGACGAUCAAACAGCAAAAGGCGAGAUGUCUGUAUCUAUUGACUAUAGUUCGCCUUCAUCAAAUGACAUCCUCUCAAAAUCGGAUAGCGGCCACUCAUCAAACGACAGUGCUUUUAUGAAGCUUCAACAGCGAUGCGAUGAGCAGGAGCGAGAAAUUGCCCGACUGAAGGGUACACUGUCUCAGCGCGAUGAUCGCAUCCACAAACUGGAGCGCGAACUUGCAAACAAAGACUCGGAGAUAUCGAGAAAAAAGGAAGAAUUUGGAAGAGAGAGGGAACAGCUGGUGAAAGAAAAUCAAAUUUUGAAUAGCAGAUUGCAAGCGAAAGAACGCGGUGAUAUGACGGUUGUGAAAAGCAGCGAGGCGAGCGUGGAAAGUAUCCCACAUCGUCCCAAGCAACUCGUUCAGGAGUCGAUCACGUCAUCAGUGAAACACAAGAUGUCCCUUGAGGAUCAUGGUAUCCAUCAUGUGCUCGAUGAUGCUCACAAAGAACCUAUGGUGGGUUUCCAUGACGAUAGAAAUGGUAUCGAAGAUAUUGAGAUAAGUCCAUCGUUAGGAAAGCAAUCGUCGCAUAGCGAAUAUCGUCUCGAGGACAUCGAGGCUGAACUGGAAAUGUUACAUGAUGAAUUGGCGCAGACGCGGGAAAUUCGCCAAUCCAAAAGAAACUAGACCACCAGAUGAAAAGGUCCGUCGCUUAUUCAAAUAUUCGAACUCCCCUGUGUAAUAGUGAGAGCUGACUUCUCGCAGCUUCUUGGGAGGGUGAUUAAUUUCCUUAUCUAAUAUUGAUUUAUCGAACUCAUCUUUAACUUUGUAAUUUUGUGUUGAUUAUUUUGACAUUACUGACUUAAAUCGUAUAGUUCUGUUUCUCUUGCGAUCAAUAGCGUAGCCAGCCGGGCAAGUUUAGCUCAUGCUAUAGCAAUAUUUCGUUGUUUACGUACUGUAAAAACUAUAGAUUUCUAAAGAAAUGAAAGAUGAUGAAGUCUGUCAGGACUAACACGUGCUAGCCAUCCGUCUUACUGUAUAUGGUAUAAAGUGAUUGAGAAGAUUUUUGAAAACGUCAACCAUUAUGUAAUAGGAUACCAAUCACCAGUAAUGGAGCCAGCCCAACUUUUUACUACCGCUAUGCAAAUAUUUUCGUGCUUACUGACCGUGAGAACAAUUGAUUUCUAAUGAAACGAAUAAUUGUAAGCUUUCAAAAUUUACAUAGCGGAAGUGAAUCUGCAUGCUGGCUACGCUACUGCACAUGCGUAUAAAUGGCUUGGCUUGUUUACGUUUUGCUGACAGUCAGGGUGAUCCCUAGAGAGGUUGACCAUUGUUUCUUGUUUUGUCUAAAAGCACUCGACCAAAUCUGCCUUCCAGCAAAAUGUAAACGAGGCAACAAACUAUCUGUACGAAUUGUCGUUUUCCUUAGAUAUUAUUAAAUGAUGGCAUGAAUGUUGUCGCGAUUCUAAA